AUGAAUACAAGUAGUACAAAACUAAAUCGAGCUUAUUCAACGCCAAAUAUUGAAAAAACAAAAAAUGAAGUGCAAACGAAACGUGUUGUUAAAUGUAUGCCUCGAACACUUGUUCAAAAAACUAAUAAAGAAUUUGACAAGUGUGCCGAAUUAUUGAGAAAUAUUUUAAGUGUACAAGAAUUACGUCGAAGUUCAAAAUCAAACAACGUUGAUUCAAAAGUACGUCAACGUAAAAAAGUUAAUCAAAAAUCGACCCCAUCAAAUGUUUUACAAAAAUCUCCAAAUAAAUCAACUACAAGCGAAGAACGACGAUCACCAUAUUCUUACACAACAUCAACACGAGAAUAUAAUUCAGUUAAAACAGAGGAUUUGAAAAUUCGUAGUCCUGGAAAAUCUCGUCGAACAGUUGUUAAUAACGCACCAAAUACCUUAGAUGGCGUCCAUGACUCUGUUCAUCGAACAAGCGGUGUUAACAUGGCUACUGUUGCUUCUUCUGGUUAUGAAAUAAAUCAAGCAAAUACAACUCGUCGUAAUUUGUUAUCAUCAUUAACAUCUUCAUUAGUAAACGAAAAGAAUAAUCGUCGUACAUCACCGAUAAAUCAACGUUUAUAUCAAACAAGAGAAAAUAUACUUUAUCGAAGUUCAUCAUGUGGUGACAUACCUCGACAAGAUCAUCAACAAACGGCACAUAGUUCUCUUUCCUUAUCAUUAAAGUCAAAAUAUAUGUCAAAUAUGUCUGUUUAUCGUACAAAAUUACUUGUUCAUGAAAUCAUUGCACAUCUAAUAAAUGUGAAACAAAUUUCAAAAGAAUUAAAAUUACGUGUAGGAGGAGAGAAACAAGAUAAAGAUAUGUUAAGACUAUGGGAACAACUUGAACAAUCUUUAGCAUUUGCGUUAACCUAUACAGAUGAUCAAGGCAUUGAUAUUGAUCUACAAAUGGCAUUACAACCUCUUCGAAAUGAAAUUGUCGAUUUAAGAAGACAAUUACGCACAGCAAAUGCCAGUAUCCGUGAACAUGAAGUAAAUCAACGAAAUACUGGAGAAAGUGAGCAAUUGGCCAAAGCACAAUGUCAUCAUCUUCAAAAGAAACUUGAACUGAGUCAAACACAAUUGACAAAUUUAUUAUUUUCUAAUCAAGAGAUCAAAUCAAAAUGCGAAACAUUACAAGAAAAAUUAUCUAUAUUAGAAAAAGAGAAUAUGCAAUUAAUUGAACGUUGGACACAAUUAGAUCUUCGAUCAUCUCGCAAUAGUCGCACAUCAUUGACAAAAAUAAAUUCUGAUACUCAUUUUUUAUUACGUGAACAUUUAAUUACAUUAAAAAAUAAAGUUUAUCAUUUAUAUGAAGAUCUAGGCUAUGCUCAUAAACGAAAUAAUACGAUUGAAAUAUCUAAUAUUGAAAAGUCGAAAGAAAUACAACAAUACAGGCAAUAUAUCAAUGAUUUAAAACAAACAUCUCAACAAUUAAUGCGAGAAUUGGAAAAUAUUACUGUACAUAGUCGUUUGGUAUUCUCUAUUGAUCUUUUACAAAAAUUAACAAAAUUACUCAUGAGUAUUCAACAAUUUAACAUUCAUGGAAGCAUUUCAUCAGUCAAUUCUGGCAAUGUGCACGCCAAUUUUUAUUUGGAAACAGCUAUUGUACCUGUUUUAGAAACACCUCAACGAUUGUUAAACACUCAACAUGAUCAAAAUACAAAAUUACGUUUAAAACAACCGUUAUUUGUCUCUCCAUCCAUGACUACAACACACACUACCAUUUUAAAUGAUUUUAAUUCCUAUCAACACUAUCCAAAUCGAACGUCGACCUAUGCCGAAAUGAAACGAAAAUUAGUUCCUUCUCAAACUCAACCAACCUAUUUGAAUAAUAUUAUCACUACACGAGAUUCUUCUCCAUCUAGUUCAUCACGUGCAACAAUCUAUGAUGCUGAUUCAACAUUAUCUUCAAGUGGUGGAUGUAUAACAGCUGUUAUUAAACAAGUUCAAAAAUAUUCGUCAAAUCCGACUGUUGGUGGAUUCAUCUAUCAGACCGAUAAAAAAUCGACUACACUCUAUAACAGUUUACCAACCUUGAUAAAUGAAGAGGCAGCCACUAAUAAUACGGGUGAAUCUCAUCCGUCGCAAUCACCCGUUAUUAUUAUUCCAUUUUCAAAUCAUUGUUAUAAUAAUAAUCACCAUGCAAUCGAUCUGAACGAUAGUGAUGGUGAUUUUGAUCAAAUCAGUGAUCUAACAUCAAAAAUAUUUAGUAAUAAUGAUGAGGAUGAAAAUGAAAAUGAUAUUGAAUCAUCGUCACUAUCAACAGUACCAUCUGAAAUUUGA